AUGAUCGAAGGAGGUCUGGAAUCUGGAAUAUUAUUUGAUGGUGUUGAAGAUGGUCUUACCGCAAACAUCUAUUACCGCACACCAGAUGGUAUUAUACCUGAUAACAUCCAACAACAAGUCAAUAAUCAAAUGUCUGAGAAUACUUUGGAACAAAUCGGUCAUCAUAUCAAUACAUUACCUCCAAGUAAUCAGAUCAUAGAUGAUCCAGACAACAGUACUGAGAACCUUAGAUUGAAGAUUGGAUUGUUGAAGAGGAAAGAAAGACUUGAGUCAACUUGGGACCAUGAGUACUUCAACGGUCUCAAUCCAGUCGUCUCUGUCAACAAUCCAUACCUGUGCCAAUGUCCGCUGUGUUCAGUGUCCACUUCCACAAGGCCAAACAACCGCAAUGAACAGUUCCCAAAUGUAUCCUGGCGUCAGAUUCCACUAACAGGUCCCAAUGGCCUCAACAUCAUCAUUCAUUGUGUUGGUGUUGUCGAUGGACUCUGCAUUGAUCUUUCACAUGUACCUAUGACAUGA